AUGUAUACUGAAGAAGACUAUCUACCACCAGAAAAACGGGCUACAAUGAAAAGACCAUCCCAAAUUGCAGAUUGUGAGUUCAAAUUUUUCUUUCUCAUGAAAUUUAUCUUUAUUUUGAGGGAGCGGCAGGCGGAACCGUGCACGACUACGCUGCUAUCGCUGCAAAGAGUUAGGCCAUGUAGCACAGGAUUGCUCGAAACGAGUCCGGGGACAAGGUGCUGUCGCAACCCUUGCCCCUCUCGGUCAGUAAAUGCGGCAUUGCCUGUUAUCAACGUGUACGUUGAGGGUAAACGAUGUUCGGCGCUCGUUGACACUGGAUGUUCCCGAUCGAUCGUUAGCGCGGAUCGAUGCGUGACAUGGAACAGUCAACAAAUCGAGAUUCGGACGAUUGACGGGUGUCCCGGGCUGUUGUGGUGUCGGGACUGUGUCAGUCCUAACAGACGGAGGGAGUCAUGCCAAAGUCGACGUCUUGGUGGCACGUCAAAGGCCCCUCGGGUACGACCUGCUACUUGGGAUUGA